UGGACAUAAAGGCAGGACUGUCAGCUACAUACACAGCUCAGUACAGGACCUGGAAUUAAGAGGACUUCCAAUCCAUAGAAUGGCAGGAGAUAAGAUCACUGGAACCUUGGCUUUCACUGUCUUCACUGCUGUACUGAGUUCUUUCCAGUUUGGAUACAACAUUGGUGUGAUCAAUGCACCUCAACAGAUAAUAAUAUCUCAUUAUAGACAUGUUUUGGGUGUUCCACUGGAUGAUCGAAAGGCUACCAACAACUAUGUUAUCAACAGUACAGAUGCACUGCCCAUCUCCCCACACCCAGGGACAUCAACACCAGUCCCUUGGCCUGAGGAAGAAACUGUGACAUCUACUGGCCUAGUCACCAUGCUCUGGUCCUUGUCUGUGUCCAGCUUUGCAGUGGGUGGAAUGAUUGCAUCAUUCUUUGGUGGGUGGCUUGGGGACAAGCUUGGAAGAAUCAAAGCCUUGCUCGCAGCAAACAGCCUCUCAUUAGUUGGAGCUCUCUUGAUGGGGUGUUCCAAAUUAGGACCAUCUCAUAUUCUCAUAAUCGCAGGAAGAAGUAUAUCAGGACUCUACUGUGGGCUAAUUUCAGGGCUGGUUCCAAUGUACAUUGGUGAAAUUGCUCCAACCUCGCUCAGGGGCGCGCUUGGCACUCUUCACCAGCUGGCCAUUGUCACAGGCAUUCUUAUCAGUCAGAUUAUUGGCCUUGACUUUAUCCUGGGCAAUCAAGAUCUGUGGCACAUUCUGCUUGGCCUAUCUGCUGGGCCAGCUCUUCUGCAGUCUCUGUUAUUAAUCUUCUGUCCAGAAAGCCCCAGGUAUCUUUACAUCAAGUUGGAAGAGGAAGUCAAAGCCAAGAAAAGUUUGAAAAGACUCAGAGGAAGUAAUGAUGUCACCAAAGACAUGAAUGAGAUGAAAAAGGAGAAAGAAGAAUCAUCAAGUGAGCAGAAAGUUUCUGUGACUCAACUCUUCACCAAUUCCACCUACCGACAGCCUUUGAUAGUGGCAUUAAUGCUGCACAUGGCUCAGCAAUUUUCUGGGAUCAAUGCAAUCUUUUACUACUCAACCAGCAUUUUUCAGACAGCUGGACUCAGCCAGCCUGUUUAUGCAACCAUUGGAGUUGGCGCCAUCAACAUGGUUUUCACUGCUGUUUCUGUAUUUCUUGUGGAGAAGGCAGGACGACGCUCUCUGUUUCUAAUCGGAAUGAGUGGGAUGUUUUUCUGUGCCAUCUUCAUGUCAGUGGGGCUUGUGCUACUGGAUAAGUUUGCUUGGAUGAGUUACAUGAGCAUGUCAGCCAUAUUUCUCUUUGUCAGUUUCUUUGAAAUUGGGCCAGGCCCCAUCCCCUGGUUCAUGGUGGCUGAGUUCUUCAGCCAAGGACCACGCCCGACAGCUUUAGCACUAGCUGCGUUCAGCAACUGGGCUUGCAAUUUCAUUAUAGCUUUGUGUUUCCAGUACAUUGCGGAUUUCUGUGGACCUUAUGUGUUUUUCCUCUUUGCUGGAGUGGUCCUGGCCUUUACUCUGUUUACAUUUUUUAAAGUUCCAGAAACCAAGGGAAAGUCUUUUGAGGAAAUUGCUGCAGAAUUCCGGAAAAAGAGUGGUUCAGCCAAACGGUCAAAAGCUCCUAUAGAAAUGGAAUUCCUUAGAGCUACAGGGACUGUAUAAAGAAAACUCGGUUUUCUAUAUGAACAAAACAGGAAGGAAAUUAUAUAUUUUAAAUGAUUCUUUGAGAAGUUCAUACACACAUUUCAAAGUAUUACUUUAUUUUUUAAAAGAGUUUCAUUGGCUCUGAUCAGAAAUGUCAACAAAUGUUACCAAGAAAAGUAUUUUUUUAACUUAGAGACUCUAUUUUUGGCAGUUAGACUUUGUAAUUAAGUAAAUAAAAUGGCUAACUAGCUUGUUUUGGUACUCUAAAGGACAAGGAUGUUCUAAUCUUCUUAGUCCUACUUUAGACCUAUUUUUAUUUCUUCUUAGUCCUAUUUAGUCCUUAUUCCUAUUUCAUGUUCCCCUGAAAUAGAAGAACUUUUAAUAUAUUAUUGUUUCAUUAAAUGAGUGACAGGAAACCUGAAGAUACAACUAAUAUUUAUAUAUUUAAAUAUGCUUAACUUGCAAUUUGCGGACCCACAGAUAUCAUACUAAAGGAGGUAUAGCUAGUAGCAAUAAGAGUCAUGUUAAAAUUAACUUUUCCCUUUCUCUUACUCAGCUUCUGUCUUGUUUAUUAAAAUUUGUAUUUUGUUAACAUUUUAUUUUUUUUUGUAUUCUCAUGUGGAAUGGUUUACUGAAUAUGACAAAAUAUGUUUAUGAAGAAAAACACUUAUUUUGGGCAGCUACCAAAAAUCUUCCUAUACUCAGAAAAAAAAAAAAACACUCUUUUGGUUAAUGACUAAAUAGCUUUUACAAGACUAAACACUUAAAAGUUUUUACCUGGCCAUAUAUCCAGGAUUAGAUUGUAUUAUCAGUCAAUAUUAAUACCUAUUACAAAAUAAUGCUAAAUCCUUGCUGUUCAUUCUUUAGGUUAUAUUUUCUUUUGCUCUUUACCAUAGCCUGGCUGUCUGAGCUGUGUUACAAAAUACACUCAAUCAUGAGUCAGGCCUUUUGUAUAUUGCCCCAAACCUCAAUAAAUUGGAUCAAUCUAAUUUAGGGACAUUUGGAGUAAAGGAUUGCUAUUCUUUAAAAAUAUAUUUUUUUUCUGAACUAGCAUGAUUCAAAGCAAGUUGAAGAGGAAGGGCUUCAAAAUUCCAAAGGGUGGGCUCCUGAAACCAUGAAUGUUCAACUUCACACUCGAUCAAAAUCCCUAUUUGAUUUUCCUGGAAACACCAUGUUCCCUAACACAGAACAGUCUUCCCCUUUGACCUUCCUUCUUUGUCUUAACUGUAUAUAGAUUCCAUCCAAACUAUUAUUCUAUUGCUGUUACUAACAGGUAUUGUAUCCUACCAAUAGGGUAGGCAUAAUUCUAAGUACUUUGACCCACAUAGGAAAAUUGAAAGUGCAAUGAUGAUUAAAUAGACUUUAACUUGUAGUGAACUUUACAAAUAUGAAAGAAUAGUUCUGAUGAAUGUCAAAGGCUUAGCAGGGCACUAAAGUUGUCUUCAGGCUGUUUUCCCCACAAAGUGGAACACUGAAUCAAUCUUCUUUAUGUUUGCUUUAAUGUACACUGAAAGAAUCAUUUUUUAAAGUACUUUUUUAAAAAUGAAAAAACUCAAAGAAUAGUUGCUUUUUAAAUUUUCUUCUUUCUUUCUCUUGGUUAAAAUUGUUCACAUGUAUGCAAUCUGGCAGUGGAAACAUCAUGAAAUUAUUUCUUUUCAGUUUGAUUAUUUUUUUUUCCUUUGGGCCAACUUAGAACUAUUUUCACUUGCUACUUCAGAAAACAAAGUGAACAUAAAUAAUUCAAGAGCUCUUUGUGCUAGACUGUGAACUCUAGACAGACCUAUAGAGACUCUGAGUAGGGGAGGAACAGGAAAAUGUUCCUGUGUGGCUCCUGUUCCCCAUUUCACAAUGCUAAUGGCCUUUGAGAAGUCCAGUGUUACAAUUAUAAAGAAAUUUUCCACUUUAUAAGGGAUGAAUGUAAUUUAUAUCAAAUCACUAUUCUUGGUGUCAUUUAUUGAAGAACAAAGUAGUAAAGUUUUUUUAAAAUGUCCCAAAGACCACUUUUAAUUUCUAUUUAGUUAUUUUGACUUACUCACAAAUAUCAGAUAUUCAGAGCCUGAAGUUUUCUUCCUCCAUGUAAUGUACCUUUCAUUGUUUUCCUUCCACAAUUUUUUCCUGGAAGAGAAUCAUCCUUUGUAUCUAUCAGAAAUUGGUUCCAGAGCCCCAUACUACCCCUGCAGACACCAAACUCCUCAUUGUGGUAGUAUUUGCAUAUAACCUACAUAAAUCCUCCUGUAUACUUUGCAUUAUCUCUAGAUUACUUAUAAGACAAUGUAAAUACAAGUGCAAAUAGUUGUUACAUUGUUUUGUUUAGGGAAUCAUGACAAGAAAAAUAUCUGUACAUGUUCAGUACAGAUGCAAUUAAAAAUUUUUCAGUCCAAGGGUGCACAAGCCACCAAAACCAACAGCUAAUUGUGUUGAAAAUAAACAUUGAGGAUAGGGCUGGGGAUUUAGCUCAGUGGCACCAUGCCUGCCUCACAAGUGCAAGGUUCUGAGUUGGAUCCUCAGUACAAAAAAAUAUAUAUAUAUUAUAUAUAUUUUUAUAUAUAAUAUAUAUGAUAUAUAUUUAUGUCAUAUAUAUGAUAAAUGAGAAGGCAAUAAAACUUAUACAAGGACCAAAGAACUAGUUUAACAAAAUAAAAACCCUUAGGUCUUCAACAGUAUAUUUUAUAGUAAAUAAAAAUAGCACCGUUUAGAUUCAAACUUAGAAAAAUUAGACAUGAACUUGAGCACUUAAUUUUCCAAGUAUUAACUUUUGUGGAAGUAUUUUCAUGCUCUGAAACAAACAUGAGUUUUCUCUCAGCUAGUUCAAAAUAUGAUUAGACUUCUUGGUCUGGCCACUCACCUGCUGGAUCUGGCUGUUGACACCCAGGAAAGGGUGUUUUCUAACUUCACUCCCUACUUUCCUCUACAUGGUCACCACUGUGCUCUUAGAAACCAGUAAGGCGUUAACACACACACACAUACACACACACACACAGCUCAAAGUGUAAAGGUGAGUUCAAGAAAACCAGGGUAACUGCAUCCCAUCUGGGUCUUAUGCCUUUCAUGAACCAGGUUUAUGGAAAAGGGGCACAAUAUUACCUACCUCAGACAACUGUCACGAAGAUUAAGCAUGGAUUAUUAAACCUAGUGCUUGGUAUAAAGGGAAUGCUCAGUAAAUGUUACCUAGAAUUAAUAUUCCCAGAAAUCUUGUUAGGAUAAAGGGUUAUCAUAUAUAAGAUAAUUGCAAGUUUUCUUUUAAAUAAAAGAAGUUUUUAUAAGUUUAAGAUAAUAUUUUACGGGCUGGGGAUUUAGCUCAGCGGUUUCGCCGCCUCCUGCACAAGUUCAAGGACCCGAGUUCGAUCCCAGGUACCAAAAAAAAAAAAGACAAUAUUUUACUUCAAAAAAAAAAUCUCAGAACAAGGGAAUGGUAAGAAUCAGUGUUAGAUACUGGACUAUCUAAUUCCUAACCCCAAAUUUAAUAUUUCCAAGAAAGGUUUUAAGACUUUUUGUAUUUUAAAAUUUGCUUUUGCUUAAGUUAUAUUAUUUUUAAGGGAUCUGUAUGUUAAUUAUUUUGGAUAAUGUUAAAUACAAAAUAAAAUACUGUAUCCAUCUGUAAAUUAUCAGGAUUACAGGAAGAGACCAAACUUUUUUGGUAAUUCUCAGAAGCUGUAGAAAUGUUAUAAACGUAAACCAAUGUAUAUGCAUAAACACACUUUCUUAUUGCUAGCCUAAUUAUUACAUAUGUAUCAAAUAAAAGUUUUAGGCAAUAUCUGUGCUUACAAUGUCCUAAGCAGAGGUGCUGCAUAAACUGUAAAAAAUAUAUAUAAUAUAUAUAUUUUUGAAAUUACAAUUCUGUAUUUGUAACCUUGAGGAGAAAACAUUUAUUGCCAACUACUCUGAGCACUCUAUUAGUGUUAUCACUGCUAUCUAAUUUGGUACAUAUUAAAAAGAAUUACCAUGAAAACACUGGUUUUAGCUAAAGGUAUAUACACACUAUUGUUUUAUGUCAAUAAAAUAAAUGUAUUCCUCAGUGA